AUGCGACCGGUUCGAGACAGCGCAUCAGGUGCGAGUGGCCUGCGGGUUCCUGCAGACCUGGCGCGGAGCGCUUCAGCAAGCCUGUCCUUCCCGCCCGACCCGCUGGCCCACCGGCCCCCAAGCGCCCCUCCGACGGAGUCCCCAGGCCUUUUCACCGUGGCCGCUCCAGCCCCAGGAGCGUCUUCUCCUCCCGCCACUCUGGCGCACCUUCUUCCCUCUCCGGCCAUGUACAGCCUUCUGGAGACUGAACUCAAGAACCCGGUGGGGCCAUCUACUCCAGGCUCAGGAGCGGGCGGCCCAGCAGCCCCCGGCGGUGCAGGCAAGAGUAGCGCGAACGCAGCCGGCGGCGCGAACGCAGGCGGCGGCGGCAACAGCGGUGGCGCGAGUGGCGGGGGCGGGGGCAGUGAUCAGGACCGCGUGAAGCGUCCCAUGAACGCCUUCAUGGUGUGGUCCCGCGGGCAGCGGCGCAAGAUGGCCCUGGAGAAUCCGAAGAUGCAUAACUCGGAGAUCAGCAAGCGUUUGGGCGCCGACUGGAAAUUGCUGACCGACGCCGAGAAGCGGCCCUUCAUCGACGAGGCCAAGCGACUGCGCGCCGUGCACAUGAAAGAGUACCCGGACUACAAGUACCGGCCCCGCCGCAAGACCAAGACGCUGCUCAAGAAGGACAAGUACUCCUUGCCCGGUGGCCUGCUGCCCCCCGGCGCCGCCGCAGCCGCCGCCGCAGCCGCCGCCGCCGCCAGCAGCCCGGUGGGCGUGGGCCAGCGCCUGGACACGUACACACACGUGAACGGCUGGGCCAACGGCGCGUAUUCGCUGGUGCAGGAGCAGCUGGGCUACGCGCAGCCCGCCACUAUGAGCAGCCCGCCGCCGCCCGCGUUGCCUCAGAUGCACCGCUACGACAUGGCAGGCCUGCAGUACAGCCCCAUGAUGCCACCCGGCGCCCAGAGCUACAUGAACGCCGCUGCUGCAGCCGCCGCCGCCUCGGGCUACGGGGGCAUGGCGCCCUCAGCUGCCGCCGCAGCCGCCGCCGCCGCCUACGGGCAGCAGCCCGCCACCGCUGCUGCCGCUGCCGCUGCCGCCGCCGCCAUGAGUCUGGGCCCGAUGGGUACGGUGGUGAAGACAGAGCCCAGCUCGCCGCCGCCCGCCAUCACAUCGCACUCGCAGCGCGCUUGCCUCGGCGACCUGCGAGACAUGAUCAGCAUGUACCUGCCACCCGGCGGGGACGCUGCUGACGCCGCCUCGCCGCUGCCUGGAGGCCGCCUGCACACCGUACACCAGCACUACCAGGGCGCGGGGACUGCCGUCAACGGAACCGUGCCGCUGACCCACAUCUGAGCGCCAGCCUGCGCUCGCCACCCCUGCGCCCCCACCCCACCCUGCACCCCCCAGUGGGGACGCCUUGUUGUUUAGCUUUGCUUGCCUGGGUCUGUUGCCUUGUAUCGAGAAGGGGAGGACAAAGUUUGCUGUAGCUGUCGGGUUUUGUACAAAAACAAAAAAGUCCGGAUCAUCGGAUAUAGGACUUUCUAGAGCUCGACGCCCCUCCCUCCCCUGUAGGCUGGAAACCGCUGUGAUGUUUGCCAAGAAAAAGCAGCCCCCCCUCCUCCUCCGGGGUUCCUGGGUUUUCCGGUUGCAUUUGAAAAUGUUGUCUCGUUAGUUUACUGUUAGCCGUGGAGUGAGUGAAUUGGGAGAAACGUACUCGGGUAAGGCUGGCCUGAAACCUGCAACGCCCCCUCCCCCAGUCGCGUUGCGUCUGUUUUCCUCGUGGGUUUGGGGGAGCUGACCGCGUGGAGCGGCGCGGCAGUUAAGUCCAAUGUUAAUUUAUAGCCAGGUGUGCGUGUGUCUCCGUCCUCGCCGCGCCUGGCCGCGGGACAGUUCGUUCAGUACGCAUUUACUUUGUUGCGUUGUGAUUCUGCUGUGGUCAAUAUUUGAUAUUUCGUCGCGCUAAUGUUGUUGGAUUUCGUUUGGGUUGUGGGGAAGGGGCUAUUUUGUUUGGUGUUUUUCAAGGGUUUACUCUUAAUUCUUA